UACCUAUAAAUGAUAGAUUUGUUUAUGAAAAUAAAUAAACUAAAAUCAUUAUGUAUUUUUUUUAGUUGUGUAGUAAUUUACCAAAUUCAUAUAGAUUAAUAAGUGUCUUAGUGUAAUAUUAGUUUUAAAAACUUAAAACAUUUUCAAUAGGAGCGCUUAUCAAUAGAACUUUAAGAUGACAUCGAUUUUUGAUCAAUACGAGCAAGCAUCUCAGGUGUCCCAACGCUCUGUUCCUGCAUCAGAACAAAUGACAUCUUCUGGAUAUAUCAACAUGCAGUUAAAUGAUAACACACCAAUGUUCUCUAAACAGAAGAUGAAUUUCAAUCCCUCAGACUUAAUAACUCAUGUUGCAGUGUCUAGUGACUUUCUUGUACUUGCUAUGGCUAAUGGAAAGCUGUUUAGACUUGAUUUAAAAAUGCCUGAUCAGCAUGAAGAAAUACACUAUACAAAAUUUGUGCAACCAAACUCAAAACUAACCUCCAUCUUCCUCGACCCUCUUGGAUACCACCUUCUCAUGGCCUUUGCUGCAAGGAACAAAGAUGGUAACCCAGAACUAGUAUACUUGCAUCGCAAGAGUAGCAAGCUUAAAUCUGUUGCAAAAUCUAGAAACUAUGAAGUAACGGAAGUUGGUUGGAAUUAUGAAAACAGGUCUACAGUUACAACAGGCCCUAUACUGUUGGGCACGUCUCAAGGGCAUAUACUGGAAACUGAGUUAGAGGCUGAUACUGACAGAAUGUUUACAGCUAGCCAGCAGUAUUGGAGACAGAUAUUUGAUAUCGGUAAAGGUACAGAUACACCAAUUACAGGAAUUCAAUUCCAUAGAGUAACAAAUACAAGCAAAUACUUUAUAUUCGUCACUACUCCGAAAAGAUUGUACCAGUUUAUAGGGCAUGCAAUAAUAACGGAUGACAAGCCAUCCCUCCAGUCCAUAUUCCAUUCAUAUCUGACCACACCGGAGACUGGAUUUCAAGAAAUACCUUCCACCUUGAAAUAUUCUAAACUUCAGUUCUAUUUUGAUAAAACAAACACUCCAAAAACAUUUGCAUGGUUAACGGAGCCUGGUAUAUUCUACGGUCAGUUGGAUCCAACGUCGCAACAAAACUCGAACUCACUUUUCACGCAGAGCGAACUCAUUAACUAUCCAUCCGAUGCAAAUAGUAAAGAAACGAUACCGAUAUCCUUUGUUUUAACUGAAUUUCACGCGAUUCUCAUGUACUCGGAUAGAGUAAAAGCCGUGUCUCUAUUGAAUCAAGAGCUAGUUUAUGAAGACAAAUAUUCUGAAGUUCAUGGAAAGUUAAAGAAUAUCGUCAAGGAUCCUAUAAGACGGACGAUUUGGGCGGUUACCGGAAACGCUGUCUUCAGAUACAAAGUCAGUAGAGAAGAGAGGAAUGUAUGGAGGAUUUAUUCCGAUAAAGAACAAUUCGAUUUGGCUAAACAGUAUUGCCAAAAUAAUCCCGCGUUCAUCGAUAUUAUCAACGUAAAGCAAGCCGAACUGCUCUUCGGGAAAGGCGAUUACGAUAAGAGCGCGGAAAUUUACGCAGAAACCCAAAGCAGCUUCGAGACCGUCUGCCUAAAGUUCCUAGAAGUCGAACAAGUGAAUGCCCUGAAAGUUUACCUGGGGAAAAGAUUGGACGCCUUGGAAGACGAUAAAACUCUCAUAUCGAUGAUCGUGAUCUGGAUGGCUGAGCUGUAUUUAUCACAGCUGGGCACAUUUAGACGUAUGGGGAAAGGCGAUUCGCGAGAAUACCACCAAAUACAAAGCGACUUUGAAGUUUUUCUACUACAGCCGAAGGUGGUGAAGUGCAUGCAGCAUAUAAAGUCAGUCGUGUACGACCUCAUGUCCUCCCAUGGAGACAAACAGAAUCUAAUCAAACUAACUGUGAUCAACGAGGACUACGAGAACGUGGUCGCCCAGAAUAUUUACAAGAAGUCAUAUAUAGAAGCACUGAAUAUGCUUCUGUCUUUGAAAAAGUCCGACUUGUUCUAUCAAUUCGCUCCGGCUCUUAUGGAGGAAGUACCGAAGCAAACGGUGAACGCGUUGAUCGACCAAGGACCGCUGCUGAGCCCCUCGAAACUCCUACCGGCUUUUCUUUCGUGCGAGAACGAUAAAGCCCACGUGACUGAAAUUAUAAGAUAUUUGGAAUUUAUGUUACAAAACUUUAAUGUAAAGGAUCGGGCGAUACAUAACUAUUUACUGACGCUGUACGUUGAACACGACCAUCUAGCUCUAAUGAGGUACCUGGCGAGGCAAGGCCAAGAGCUGUCGAUGGUGAACUACGAUGUUCAUUACGCUUUGAGGCUCUGCAGAGAGAAAGGCCUGUCCGAGGCCUGCGUGAAGCUGUCCGCCCUGCUCGGGCUGUGGGAGUCGGCGGCCGAGCUGGCGCUGGGAGUGGACGUGGCGCUCGCCAAGAGCCUCGCCGACCUGCCGGACGACGCCGCGCUGCAGCGCAGGCUGUGGCUGGGCAUCGCGGAACAUGUGAUAACGAAGAAUCAAGACAUAAAGGAAGCGAUGACUCUACUUGAAGAGUGCCCUCUUAUUAAAAUAGAAGAUAUACUGCCGUUCUUCAGCGACGUGGUCACCAUCGACCACUUUAGAGAACCUAUUUGUCAAUCUCUGCAGGAGUACAAUAAUCAAAUAGAGGAGUUGAAGGCUGAGAUGGAAGAUGCAACGAAAUCAGCCGAAUAUGUCCGCAACGAGAUCCAGUCGUUCCGCAACCGCAGCGUGCUGGUGUCGGUGGGCGACGCGUGCUGCCUGUGCGACAUCGCGCUGCUGCUGCGCCCCUUCUACCUGUUCCCGUGCGCGCACCGCUUCCACAGCGACUGCCUGCUGGCCGAGAUGUCGCCCCUCCUGGCGCCGGCACGCCGGAACAAGUUAACCGAUCUGCAGCGCCAGCUCGCAGUUCUGUCGAACAUAGAGCUGUCCACGGUCACGUCGACCGGGCUGCCUCUCAGGGAAGUGCUAAAGAAUGAAAUAGACGACAUCGUCGCCAGCGAGUGCGUCUUCUGCGGCGAACACAUGAUCGCUAGCAUCGACAAACCGUUCAUUGCAGACGAAGAUUGGGACCGGGUCAUGAAGGAAUGGGAGUGAAUGAUAUAGUCGUUUAUAAUAUAGCUUUGGUUAGAAGAGCUCGGCUUCAAGGAUUGGUUAAAACCAAUGAAAGAAAACUAAUAUUUUUUUAUUCAUGGCCAUUAAGAAAAUCUUUGUGUAUAAAAAUCUAUAUCAUAUUAGUCGACUCGAUUGUGUUUUAAAGUAUUAUUUAUAACUCACUGCUGGUCAAAGUUUUCUCUCGUUGGACGCUUAUAAGAUUUAUUAUCUAUUUACAUACAUAAAUAAGUUAUGCAUAAUACAAAAAUGUUUCCAAUAUAGUGGUGUCUCAAUCAAAGAAAAAUGGCAAUUGUGAGCACACAUACAUAUGCUUUCACAAAAAAAAAAAAAUAUUACUGUGGCUUUUUGGUGAAAUGUAUUUUAUUAUAUAAUUGCCUUUAUUUUAUAGAAAUAGUUAUAAUAUUAUUCCAUGAUGUGGAAGUAGAGUUUAUCUAUUCUACAUUUAUAUUAAUAGGAAAAUUUACUUAAGAAUAUUUUGUAGUGGGUUAAUUUUAUUUAAAAGAAUGUCUUAUUUUCA